ACGCUUAAGUGAUUGGCUGCUGGGCUCGGAGGCGGGACUUCAUGGACGCGCUCCCCGUUCAUAGGUUGGGAUGUGGGAGAGUUCCGGAGAGCGCGCACUGAGACUGUGGCCAUGGAGGAAGCCAGCGGCUUCCGGAAGCCCCAUGACAUCUUUCCCCUCAAUCUGGGAAGAGGCCCUACGAUGGCACUGUUUGUUUGGAGGUUGGGUCCCUGUCGGCAAUGGCACUGACUCCCUGCCCUUCCUCCAGGAGCUGGUGAGCAAACUACUGCAUCUGCACUUCAGGGACUGCAAGACAAAAGUCAGUGGGGAUGCACUACAGCUCAUGGCGGAGCUCCUGAGGAUCUUCGUACUAGCUCACUUCAGAGUGUUUCACCAGAAGCCGCUGCCCGCGGGGUCUGCCAGGCCCAGGCAGAGGACCUGGAUGUUGUGGAUGUGGACCAGCUGGAGAAGGUGCUUCCUCAGCUGCUCCUGGACUUCUAGAGGUUAUACCCGUGGCCUGCAAAGUCCAGGAUGAAUUCAACCAGCACUGACACCUAGUUCCCAAGCUCUCCGGCUUUUAGAGGAUGUGAAGACACCAGCAGCUGUUUCUCCUUCCUAGUUACUGCCUCUGGGGGUCCUUGUGAGACAGGUGCAGGGAAAAGUGGUCCAGCCUCAGCCCCCCACCCCCAGCCGCCUUCCUGCAUCAAAGCUACUGUGUAGCUUUUUAACCACCUGACCCCCACCCCCAGCACACCUCCCUGAGCUGUAAAUUUGUUCUUACAAAGCAAUAUCUAAAUCAACACCAUCUCUGA